GACAUGCUGACUCCAGAACAGCCACCUGAAGCAAGACAUGCUGUCCUGCUGCUCCUCAGAGCUGUCAUACAGGGACAGGGUGAGCGUCUGGGUCCUCUGCGGGCCUUCUUCUUCAAGGUGAUCAGAGACUACCAGCCGCCCAAUGAGGACCUGUCUGACAGGCUGGAGGUGUUCAAGGCCCUGACGGAGAACGGGAAGGACAUCACGUACCUGGAGGAGGACAUAGCUGGGUUUGUCCUGCUGUGGAUGGACAUUGGUCUGACUGCUGACUUCCUCCACGUCCUGGUCAACCUGGUCAAGUUCAACAGCUGCUACCUCGACCAGAACGUAUCCGUCAUGGUCCAGAAGAUCUGUCUGCUGUGUAACCGGACUACAGCCUCUACAGACAUUGAGAUGGCUCUACAGGUGCUGGAUGCGGUGGUGUGUUAUAACUGCCUCCCCUCUGACUCCCUCACCGUCUUCAUCAUCACUCUCUGUCGCACCGUCAACGUCAAGGAGUUCUGUGAGUCCUGCUGGAAGUUGAUGAGGAAGGUGUUGGGGACUCAUCUGGGCCAUAGUGCCAUAUACACCAUGUGCCGUAUCAUGGAGGAGAGGGCGUAUAUGGAGGAUUCUCCAUUGCUGAGAGGAGCAGUGUUCUUUGUAGGGAUGGCUCUAUGGGGGGCGCACCGUCUCCCAGCCUUAAAGAACACCCCUACCCUGGUCCUCCCAUCAUUCUAUAAGGCGAUGUGGUGUGCCAACGAGAUGGUGUCGUAUGAGAUCGUUCUGUCCAUCACCAGACUGAUAAAGAAGUAUGGCAAGGAACUCCAGGUGGUCACAUGGGACAUACUGCUGGGGAUCAUAGAGAGGUUACUACAGCAGAUUCAGUCGAUAGGCAGAGCAGAGCUGAAGUCCAUAGUGUUUGAGUUGUCUCUCCAGUCGAUAGGCAGAGCAGAGCUGAAGUCCAUAGUGUUUGAGUUGUCUCUCCAGUCGAUAGGCAGAGCAGAGCUGAAGUCCAUAGUGUUUGAGUUGUCUCUCCAGUCGAUAGGCAGAGCAGAGCUGAAGUCCAUAGUGUUUGAGUUGUCUCUCCAGUCGAUAGGCAGUGCAGAGCUGAAGUCCAUAGUGUUUGAGUUGUCUCUCCAGUCGAUAGGCAGAGCAGAGCUGAAGUCCAUAGUGUUUGAGUUGUCUCUCCAGUCGAUAGGCAGAGCAGAGCUGAAGUCCAUAGUGUUUGAGUUGUCUCUCCAGUCGAUAGGCAGAGCAGAGCUGAAGUCCAUAGUGUUUGAGUUGUCUCUCCAGUCGAUAGGCAGAGCAGAGCUGAAGUCCAUAGUGUUUGAGUUGUCUCUCCAGUCGAUAGGCAGUGCAGAGCUGAAGUCCAUAGUGUUUGAGUUGCUGACUACAGUGGAGGAGCUCUAUGAGCAGAACGGCUUCCAUGGAUCAUCUGACAAGUUCUUCAGUCUGGUGGAGAAGUGUGCUGACAAAAGACCUGAUGCGUCGGUGCUGACUCUGAUAUCGUACCGGGCCCAGUCCAUCCAGCCAGCUAAAGACGGGUGGAUCCAAAACCUACACCGCCUUAUGGAGAAGUUCUUCAGGAAUGAGAGUCGAGGUGUGAUCAGGAUCAAAGUGCUUCACAUCCUCUCCUUUGUCCUCAGCACCAACCGCCAGCUCUACGAGGAGGAGCUGAUUGAGGUGGUGGUGGUUCCUCAGCUCAGUGGGAUAGCAGAGGACAGAGACCUGGCUGUGAGGAGACAGGCUACCCAGCUACUGGUGGACCUGGCUGAGAGCUGUAGUACACACCACUUCACCAGCCUCCUGGACAUCAUUCAGAGGGUGGCGAGUCGUUCGCUGGUGUGCCCAGGGCCCCUGGAGGUGUCGGAGAGAGACCCCACGGCAGAAUCCCCCAUGGAGGACGUCAGGACGGCUAUACGAGGCCUACUGGAGAUACUGCAGAGUAAGCUGUACAGCCUGCCAGCCAGCCACGCUAGUCGAGUGUACGAGCUGCUGAUCGGACACCUGCAGCUGCACUACAAGAGCAAGUACAGCUCCGCUGUGGCCUGCAGCAUACGACUACAGGUGUUUGACUUCCUCCUGAUGAUGAGAACUGACUCCCUCCAUCGUCUGGGGUUCCUCAGUAAAGACGGGGUUCUGAGGUUCAGUCCGUACUGCCACUGUGACAUGGGGGAGCCAGAGAAACGAGGGAGUGAGAAGAAGCCUGCAGGCUCAGUGUCUCCCCCUGCUGGCAGUCCUGCACCCUCCUCCUCCUCCACCACCACUACUCCCUCCUCCACCACCACCACCACCACUACUCCCUCCUCCUCCAUCCGUACAGCCUGCCUGCCCUACUCACCUGCCUUUAAUGUGCUGCUACAGUGCCUGAAGAUGGAGACAGACUGGAAGGUGUUGAAGCUGGUACUAGACAAGAUGCCCUGGACCCUGCAGUAUAAAGUCCUGCUGCUGUCCUCUCCCUGCAGCAUAGACCAGCUCUGUUCUACACUCUGUUCUAUGGUGACAGACCGUCUUAUCUCAGAGCGUCUGAAGAAGACUCCAGAUGGUUUCAGUCGUACUGAUGUCCAGCUGGCUGUAGUACCUGUUCUCACUGCUAUCACAUCAUACCACAACUACCUAGAACAGGCCAGACAGAGGGAGUUGGUUCAGUGUCUGGAAGCAGGGCUGAUAUACCGCUGUGCCAAGCAGUGUGUGGUUGCCCUGACAAUGUGCACCGUGGAGAUGCCUGACAUCAUGAUUAAACUCCUCCCCGCCCUCAUCGUCAAGCUGACGCACAUCUCGGCAACCGUCGCCAUGGCGUCGCCCAUGCUGGAAUUCCUGUCCACUCUGGUGCGGCUGCCACAUCUCUAUGCUUACUUUGUAGCAGAGCAGUAUGUCAGUGUGUUCGCCAUCCUGCCCUACACCAACCCCUCCAAGUUUAACCAGUACAUUGUGUCGUUGGCUCACCAUGUCAUCUCCAUGUGGUUUAUCCGCUGCCGACUCACCUUCAGAAAGGACUUUGUGCAGUACAUCACCAAGGUAGGUGGUCUCUGUGUUUACACGUGUGUCAUAAUCUACCUGUAUUCUGAGACAUUUUCCUUGUAACCACUCACUCUCUCUUCUCUCUCCUCUCUUCUCUCUCCU